AUGCGUGUCUGCAAACUAACAGCCCAUCCAUCUCCAGAGGUGAACUUUUUGAGCUCAACCACAUUUGCCAUGGCACGGACACAUCUGCUCCGACUGGUGCGUUUUAGAGCGUUGCACAGCUCCGCCACGGUAGGUCAGGCCAACCGACGCCACCUGGACCGCCUGGCCAACUUUGGAGCCACAGUCUCCAAGCUGGAGGAGCUGGUGCCAUCUCUACUACAACACUCUCUGCCACACGAAAUGCUGUCCAAUUCCGUGUGCCUCAAGUUCUACUUUGGCCAGUCGCGCGACAUGAACUACUCGGACGAACACCAGCUCUUUGGCUACACAGAGGGCCAGGAGGGCGAGGAUUUCGUGCGGGAGGUGGGCAGGCGACAGCAGCGACACAAGGACGACACCGCCAACAACGACGCAAACAACGACAGCGGACCUCUGAGAAUCAGCCUGCCACAUGCCAGGGGAAAACCAGCCUAUACCACGUGCUGGAAAGUGCUGCAAUGGAUCGCCACGUCGUAUGUGAGAACCGAUACCCAGAUACAGAUCACCAAGAUGACCCUUCAUCCGCCCCAGAACGACGACUCGUCCUCCAACGGGCGAAUAGUCAUCAAAUGGUGCACUGUAGAUACCGAUGCCGACCAGUGGGUAGGCGGAGGAGGAGGCUAUGGAGCUGCAUUUUAUUGUUCCGAACUGGACCACCUUAAACCGGUGCCGGUUCAUGUCAAUAACAACAACAAUAAUGGACCAGAGAGUCACACGGUGCACAUGUCUCCUACCGAACCCACAAGCUAUCCGAUUUCAUCGUACAUUCCGCGAAUUGGACUGUCGUUCGGCAAGCUGCUGGACUCUGGACCUUCAGAGCACAUUUUGUCAGGCAUCUUCAUUUUCGACCUGACCGAGGACUGUGACCUCAUUCAAACACACAUUGUGGAUAACGUGGAGGUCAUUAGAGAGAAGGAAGCACGAGACGCUCUUAAGUUGGCUUGA